AUGGCCAUAGGCGUGGUACUUCUCGCCUUUAUUGUCUUCUGCGCAUGGCGCCUGUAUACCGCCAUACAGCUGAAGAAGAAGCUUCCUGAGGGAGCGAAGCCUUUGCCGGGUCCUCCAGGUCUUCCUUACAUUGGCCGCGUACACGAUGUGCCUGCGGAGGCAACAUGGUUGAAGUUCUACGAGUGGGCCAAGGUCUACGGACCUAUCUACCAGCAGGAGAUCUUUGGAUCCAUCCAUGUUUGGAUCUCUUCUGAGCAGAUUGCUCAUGAUCUCCUGGGCCGUCGCAACGUCAUCUACUCUGACAGGCCUAUGAUCCCCAACCUGCCUGACAACAGGACCAGUGGCGACUACCUAGCCUUGCUCGGACGUACUGAUACCUGGAAGCGCCAGCGCAGACUCUGCCAUCACCUCAUGAACCAGAGCGACAAGGCAGAGCUCCACGCGUACCCGACUCGUGAGCGCGAUCGUUUCCUGUACCUCCUGUCCCAAAAGCCCUCCGAGUACCGCGAGUACAUCGAGCAGUUCACCAGCCGCACCGUCAGCCGUCUGUCCUGGGGUACUGCCCACCCGUCUCGCGUCUUGCGUAAGACCACCUUCGGUCUGCUUGAGACCAUCUCUCCCGCUGGUGCCCUGCCCAACAUCAUGUCAUUCCUCAUGCACGUUCCCGCUGUCCUCUCUCCAUGGAAGAAGAAGGAAGCAGCCCGCCACCAGCUCGAGUCCAAGCAAUUCAAGAGCAACGUCGACUUUGUCGUCGACCAGGUCGAGAAGGGCACCGCGGCGCCUAGCUUCAUCAGCACUUUCAUUAACCAGGGUCUCGGCGACGAGAAGGAGAAGGGCAAGUGGGGUGAUCUGAAGGAGGCGUCCAACGUCGUCGGUCUCAUGGCCAUCGCCGGUGCCUUGACGAUUGGCAGCCCUAUCCAGAGUUUCCUCCUCGCCAUGUGCCACUACCCCGAAUGGCAAGCUAGACUGCAACGCGAGGUCGACGAGGUCUGCGAGGGCAGAUGUCCCCAGUGGUCGGAUCGCGAGAAGCUGCCCAUGUUGAGAGCCGUUGUUAAGGAGGUUAUCCGCUGGAGACCCCCCGUCCCUACUGGCAUUCCCCAUGCUGUGGAGAAGGACGAUGUUUACAACGGCUACUUCAUCCCUGCUGGUGCUACGAUCCAUGCUCUCGAGUGGGGCAUCACCCGUGAUGAGUCAAUGUACCCGGAUCCCGAGACAUUCAACCCCGACCGCUGGCUGCAACCCUCGUAUCCCACUUACAAAGAGCCUCUCACCCGCUUCCCCAACCUCGACGGUUUCAGCCAGUUCGGCUUCGGCCGCAGAACCUGCCAGGGUGUCCCUAUCGUCGACCAAGAUCUCUUCCUCACCAUGGGCGGCAUGGCCUGGGCCCUCAACAUUCAGAAGAAGCGCAACGCUGACGGCAGCGAGGUGCCUGUGCACUGGAACGACUACACUCCUCUUCUGAUCGCCAAGCCCGCCUUCUUCGAGUUCGACGCCGUCGUUCGCACACCUGAGAAGGCUGACCUGAUGAAGGCCAUGUUCGACGCCGCCAAGGAGGAGGAGGAGCACGAGGAGAAGAUGAUGAAAAUGGGCAUGCCAGACAUCGCUGCGGCGCCGACGGAGAAGAAGAAGGCUGCGAGGUCAUCUGUCAUCUUCAACCUGAGACAGAGGAAGGAUGAGGGCGAGAGGGAGAAGCAGUACCGUGAGCACGAGCGGGAUAUCCCCGGGUGUCCUGGUCGGUGGGCGACGGAGAGCGAUGUGGAGUCGUCGAACGAGAAGGGAUACGUCGACGAUGACAGCUCCAUAGAACAAGUGCAUUUGCCCUCAGCACCACCAUUCGAACCCGCAAGCUUGACACUCGAAGAGUCACCGACCCACGACGAUGUCGACUACCCCGAGGGCGGCGUCCAGGCCUGGCUGGUCGUCGUCGGCGCUUGGUGCGCCAUGAUCCCGCCCAUGGGAAUGAUUAACACUCUGGCCGCGCUGCAAGGAUGGCUGUCUGAACACGAACUCGCGGGAAUGCCCGAGAGCAAGACGGGCUGGAUAUUUUCUUGUUAUGCAUUCUUCAUAACGGCGUGUGGCGCUCAAGUCGGCCCGAUAUUCGACGCCUACGACAUCAAAGUCCUCUUGGUCCCGGGGUCAUUGGGUAUGAUUGCCUCGCUGGUGUUCCUCAGCCUAUCUAAAGACUUUUACCAAUUCCUCCUCUCCUUCGGCUUCUGCGGGGGCAUCAGCGCAUCGCUGCUCUUCAACCCGGCCCUGUCAGCCAUCGGGCACUGGUUCUGCAAACGCCGUGCUCUCGCAACGGGCAUCGCCUGCACAGCCGGUGGCCUCGGAGGCAUCGCAUUCCCCCUCAUAAUCCAGUUCGCGGCGCCCCGAUAUGGCUUCCCCUGGGCAAUACGCAUCAUCGCCUUCGUCUCCACCGCCGCGCUCAUCGUCGCAAACCUGACCCUGCGAAAGAGAUUACCGCCCGUCCAGGAAGCCAAGAUCCUCAUCGACUUCGGCCUCCUCAGGGACGUCAAGUUCGCAAUCACCGUCUGCGCCGUCUUCUUCGUGGAGUUCGCCGUCUUCAUCCCCUACUCGUACAUAUCCUCGUACGCCCUGCACGACGGGCUGGGCAUGCAAAAGUCGUUCCUGAUGAAUGUGCUCCUCAACGCGGGCGCCGUCCUCGGACGCGUGUUCCCGGGCUACGUCGCGGACCGCGUCGGCGCCUUCAACACCAUGUGCGUGACCUCGUCGUUCUGCGCCGUGCUCAUUUUCGGGCUCUGGCUCACGGCGGGGGGCGUCGAGGCCAGGGUGAUGGCUUUCGCGACGCUCUUCGGGUUUUGGUCCGGUGCUGCCAUCAGUCUUUCGCCGGUCUGCAUCUCGCGCGUCUGCCGGAUUGAGGACUAUGGCAAGUCGAACGGGAUGGCGUAUUUCAUUGCCAGCUUCGGCGCUCUGGUCGGGAUUCCCAUCGCCGGCGCUUUGCUUGCUACCGAGCAUGACCCUUAUCAGCGGCUCAUCGUCUUCGCUGGGGUUGCGUACGGUGUGGCUUCCGUCGUGUUUUGCCUCGCUCGGGGUGUGGCUGGUGGAUGGACAAUGACGAGAUUCUGA